AUGGUCAAAGCAAGGACCGAUCCAGAGGCACCCGAAGCCGUGCUACAGCUGCUGCAGCGCAUCGACGCACUCCAGCAGCUGCCCACUCAAUCCGCCUCCUCUUCAAGCGCCGCUCCGCUCGACACCGCGGAGGCGCUCUCUUUGCUCACACGCUGCCUCGACCUCGCUUUGGAAUCCCCGGACGAGCUCUCAGCAUCAUUCAAGUACGGCCUCGAUGCACUGCGCCUGUGGGCCAACCAGCUGGCCCGCCUUCUGUCCUCCACCUCCUCGUCCACCUUCGACCUCGACUCCCGCCAGCUUCUGUUUCCCAAGCACCAGCAGCUCGCGCUUGCCGACAUUGUCUGGUCCGCUUGCCAUUCCGAGAGGACACAAGUCUCUUCCAGGACAAGAACCGUCUUCGAAGCUGUCAUCGCCCUUCUCGACGCAAUCUAUCAGCCACCGUCGUCCCCCUCCUCUUCCCCGCAGCAGCCUUCGAGACAGUAUCCCGACAAAAGUACUUUCCUCACCACUCUCGUCGACCGCGCGCUGUCCCAGCUUGAGCGCAAACAAUCUCCUAUCGUCCUCGAGGUCAUCAUCGCCCACUUUGGCUCCGCUCCCUUCUUGACCGCCUCCGCCUCCUUGCUUGGCUCCAAGAUGGACGACGCCGCCAUCUACGAACGCAUGAUCCGCGGCCUAGGCACCGUCGAUGGCGGCGCAAACCGUCGCUCCCGACUCGCCCUCAGCUUCCUGAUCGCAAGAGCCGACGACCUCGGCUGUCCGCUCUACCCUUCCACAUCCAAAUCCAACCAACAGCACCACAACCUCGCCGAUCCCACGUCGCCCUCCUGGCAAGCCUGGUCCUCCAUCUGGAUCGACGCACUCACCUCUGCCCUCAAGCAAGGCGGCGAGCGCCUCCGGUCCGGUCUCGCCUCUUACCAUCUCGCCUCGCUCUUUGACCUCGACACCCGCGUCUUCCCCACCCUCCUGCACCACCUUCUCGCCCGCUCCUCUUCGGACGCAACCAUCAACGUCGAGAGCGUCUUUCUCGUCCUCCGAAUCGCAAAACUCCACGGCUUGUGCCGCAUAGACUCCACGCCCGACUUUGCCACCGACGAGCACGCCACAGCGGCCGGCUCAGCACAGCUGCUCGUGCCCGCCUCCCUACUGGAGGAGUGCAUCCUGGCCGCAGCGAGCGAACUCCAAAUCUCGGCCCUCUCCCUCGUCAUCGAGUCCAAGACGCCCGCAGCACCUCUCACCGCCAUCGAGCUCGACAUCCUCCGCACCUUUUUCCCACACAGCCUCGCAAUCACCAACCCCGCCGCCCGUGGCGAAUUGCGCGGCUUCUUUGUCAAGCUUCUGACGCGCCUCCGUGCUAGCACCUAUGCCCUCGCUCGCGACAUUGCCAAGAUCGCACGCAUCGACCAAGCGGAACGCUACCAGCACGAAGAGCUCAAGCUCGCGCAGAUGCAACACUCCAUCGACGCAAGCCGCCACUUCCUCGAAUGGAUGGUCCAGCUCGUACGCUCCACCCUCCGUCCCGGCGCCUCCUAUCAAUCUACCAUCACCUCGCUCACCUUCCUCGACCUCAUCCUCGAGAGCGGCGCAGACCCGAGCUUCUCCAACGCCCAAGCACAAUCCACCACGACGCUCGCCAAGAACGCAGGCAUGUCGCUCAACAAAUCCAAGCAGGUCUUCUCGCAGCAAUUCCCCUUCGCCAUCAAGCUCAUCACGCCCGCGCUCGUCCAGCAGCUCCUCGCAUGCUCAGAGAGCACCUACGACGACAUUCAGACGCGUGCCCUCACCAUCCUCUCGCGCUUCCCUGCGCCUCUGGCGGGCCUCGAGACUGCGCAAGCGGCAGCAGAGCGUCUCCUCGGCCGCUCCGCACAGCUGCUGACGAGUACGCGAGACUUUGAGUCGGCUGCUGCUUCCAAGCUUAUGCAGCUCUACCGCACUCUGUACAUGCAGCAACUGGCUCAUCAGCCGCCAUCGCUGCUCGGCCUCGUCGCCCUCGAAACCGGCUCGUCGAGAACCGCCUCCACCCACACCGCCUUGACCCUCAUCUUCGACCUCUUCGACUUCUUGGACUACCAACUCAACGUAGCCGAGUCGGGAGACAUCCUUGUAGCCGCCACUUCCCAUCCGUUGCACGGUACCCUUGUCGCGCUUCAAGAGCUCUUUUCCUCUGUAGAACUCCACUCGCUCAUCGACUCGGAGCAGGAGGUGCUCCGUCAAGCCGUCUUGGCGGCGCAGGAGCUCAUCGAUCGAGUUUGGUGCAUCACAAAGGCGGUGCUCUGCAACUCGGCACCCGAAGGCAGCACACAGGCCGAAGGCGACGCCGACCAGUCUCUUUCCAGCGAUCCGAACAUUGGACUCGAUCAGCCUGCCUCUCACGAGACUGCUCUGGCGAUGCAGGCGGCUAGCGACGACGAUGCCAAGCUCGCCUUCAUGCAGCCUCAGGAGGAGUCCAACGCCGGUCCAAAGCAUCAGGUCAUCUUGUCCUAUUCGUGGCGUGGCAUGAAGGAGGCGAGCGCCCUGCUCGGAGUCGUCGUCGCCACGUGCCUCGCCCCACAUCCUCUGCAGCGCAACAAGAAGAAAGGCUCACAGCAUCAACCCGCUUCUGCCGUCCAGCCUCCCGACGCAUGGCGCAAAGUCUUCCGCGUGCAAGACAUCGAAGCCGUUGGCGAGCGCUUCAAUCGAUGGCUCACGCAGGUCCGUCAUCGCGGUGCAUUCAGCACCAUCUAUCCUGCCUAUGCCAAUGCAGCCGCCGCCAUUGUCAGGACAGGUGCACCCGAUAUCGCCCACCUCCCGCAGAAUUGGAUCACCGCCUUCCUCGACGUGGUCGCACAGUCCGGCGCGCAGCUGAGCAUCACGCGCCGUAGUGCCGGCAUUGGCUACGCCGUGCUCGCGCUCGUCAGCGCACAGCCCAACAAGACCGACGCUUCCAUCCUGCGCGCCACCGUAGAGCGCCUGAUGCAAAUCGCCACGCAAUACACGUCGCACCCCGACGUCAUGCCCGUCGCUUCCAUCCACGCACUCAACAUCCUGCGCGUCCUCGUCAUGGAUGGCGGCCUGACAGACCACAUGUCUCGCUACCUCGGGCCGCUGCUCGAGCUCACCAUCAGCACGUUCCGCUCCCGUUUCUGGGGGCUGCGCAACGUCAGCAUGAUGCUCUUCUCCUCUCUCAGCAUCAAGAUCUUCGGCAGUCGCAACACCAACAAGGACACAAGGGAGGCACGCAUGCCCGUCGACGAAUUCUUCGCAGCCUACCCCGAUCUCGACGCCUUCCUUCAACGCGUCCUCGCAGAGGCUCAGACGCAUGGAGGCCUCGAUGACGAGGGGCUUGCCUCGAGUCUCUUUGCGGUGGUCAUGCUCUUCAGCCGCAUGCAGGCUCCCGAAACGGAGCCGCAACGGCCCGGAGAGGCCCAAAGGAUGGAGAAGUACCGUGCCCUGCUCUGCAGGUGCCUGGACAACAAGGUUUGGAAAGUGCGCCAAGUGACCGUCAAAGCGUACGCCGCAUUUGUGCCUCUGCGCGUAGCGGCACAGCAUGCAGCCUCGAUUUUGGCGUCUGUCUAUCUUCGCUCGCAAAACGAGGUGCACGGAAAGCUGCUCUUGGUGCAACGUCUGUUGCAAAGCGUGGCAGAAACCGAGGUGGCAACCGAGGCGAUCCUGCCAGCUAUGUCGAGUCUUGCUACAGCCAUCACCGACAAGGCGAGCUUGUUGCUGGAGUUGAACCGCUGUGCUGUCACACAGACGGCGUAUCUUGAAGUGGUUCAGGACUUCGUCGGCAUUCGUCAAUGCGCUUUCCACGAUCUCGGACGACAUCUACUUCGCAUCGUCGACAUCUGGAUCGCAACCUUGCUGUCCGAUCUGGAACGCCCCGACUUCUUGGCCAAGCUUCGGUUCACGCCGGGUGGGCCGGAACUGGCCUCAACAUGUGCCCGACUGCAGUUGCAAGUCGCAGCGCACGACACGUCGCCCGCGGCUUUCAUUGAUGCCUGCGAACGACAGCUGAAGUCCAGCUCGCACGACGUGCGGAUCAGCUCGCUAGAGGCGCUCAUUGGAGAUGACGGCAUCGUGGCGCUGCAAAAGUCGUCUUUGGUCCAUCCUGAACGGCUCGUUGCCUUUGUCCGCAGGCUGCAUGCGGUGGUGCAGGAUCAGGACGAAGGAAUCUGGCACCGCGUCCACUCCGCCGCCGUGCUGCACGAAGUCGCAAUGCGAAACGCCGCGGACGGAAAGCCCUGGCUCUCGCAUGCCUUUUCGGCCCAGGCGUUGGUCAGUGAGGCUUGCUCGAUCGCCGAGAUUGCGUCGACGACUACGUGCGUGCCGUUCAGGGAGGCGCUUCUGCCCUACUUGUCUGACUUGUGCAAGCUGUUGGUGACUGUCCGGGGCGGGGACAGCUCUGUACGACCCGUGCUGCAGCAGUGGUGCCACAUGGUCGCCGAGUGCGCCAACGAGGACGCUUCGGUACAGUCGCGCGACGCCGCAUGUCAGGCGCUGCGCGUUCUAGGCUCGCUUUUGUUCCCAGCUUUGGACCAGCAGCAGGGCGAAGCUCAGAAAGACAGGACGAUGGGUUCGGCGCUCUUCCAAGCGCGUAUUGCGGCCAUCCAUCUGCUGACGGAUGACGACGAGGAUGUACGUGCCGAAGCUGCUGCCUUGAUUGGCGAGACCGUUACUGCCGUUCCAGUGAUCGGCGCAUCGUUGGAUAGUGCGCCUACUAGCUACGACACGAUUCGAGAGCUGGCGCGACGCGGCGGUGCAGGCCCCGACGUCUCGACCGAACGAGCCUGGAGCUGGAUGGCGGCCUUUUACGAUACGAAGCGCUCCGCUGACGCCGAGAUGUGGUCAAAGUACGUCUGGCAGCAGUUGACGCCGGGCCCCGAGGCGGUCGACAAGAUGUUUGACGAGGCGUUUGCUACCAACACGCUUUUGUUCGUCGAGGAAAAGCCGAAUCAGUUCCGCGACCCAGAACUCUUCCUUCGCCUCGCCGCCAAGUACGCGAGGCCUGAGCUGCUGGAAGCGGCUCAGUGUGCAAGCUGGAAGGAAUGCACAGCCAGCGACCUUUGCCGCCUCCAAGACACGCUGGCAAAGGGUACGAAGAGAAACGAGGUAGCGUCGCACUUGCUCGCGAUGCAAUUGCUGCUCACGCACACGGCGCUCGGCGGCAGCUUCUCUACGCAGUCAACAGAGGCCGCGGACUUGAUCGCAUCCGCGCUCAGUAUCGACCUGUCUUCGCUGCGAGGCCCACGAUCGGAAGAUGACGCUGCGAGGCGCAAUGCGGACGAGAGCAUCAAGCCCCGCUACAACAUCGCCAUGGUCUCGGAUUUUUUCUAUCCCAACGUGGGCGGUGUGGAAGGCCACAUCUACUUUCUCGGCGGGCGGUUGCUGGCCAUGGGUCACAAAGUGAUUGUGAUCACGCAUGCCUAUGCGCCGGACCGGGUGGGAGUGCGAUAUCUGUCGAACGGGCUCAAGGUGUACCACGUGCCUUAUGGGGUGAUUGCACGUCAAGACACGCUGCCGAACUUCUUCUCGCUGUUUCCUGCGCUGCGCUCGAUCCUGAUCCGGGAGGAGAUCGAGAUUGUGCACGGGCAUCAGGCGCUGUCGUCGAUGGCGCACGAGGGCAUCUUGCACGCGCGCACGAUGGGGCUGCGUGCGGUGUUUACGGACCACAGUCUGUUCGGAUUCUCGGACACGGCGUCGAUCCUGACGAACAAGCUGCUGCGCUUCGCGCUGAGCGACGUUGACGGCGUGGUGUGCGUCUCGCACACGGGCAAGGAGAACACGACGCUACGCGCGAAUCUGGACCCGAGCAAGGUGUCCGUCAUUCCGAACGCGGUGGUGGCCGAGCAAUUCGAGCCGGAUGGCUCGCGAGUGGAGUCGGGAAAGCUGACCGUGGUGGUUCUGAGCCGGUUGAUGUACCGCAAGGGAAUUGAUCUGCUGAUCGCGGCGAUCCCGAGGCUGUGUGCAGCACACCCGGACUUGCACUUUCUCAUCGGGGGCGACGGUCCGAAACGGGUGGAGCUGGAGCAGAUGCGCGAGCGAUAUCUGCUGCAAGAUCGAGUGGAGCUCUGCGGUGCGGUGCGACAGGGCGAGGUGCGGGAUCACCUGACGCGCGGUUCGAUCUUUCUCAACACAUCCUUGACGGAAGCGUUUGGGACGGGCAUCAUCGAGGCAGCGUGCGCAGGGCUGUUCGUAGUGUCGACGCGCGUCGGCGGCAUACCAGAAGUGCUGCCGCCGCAAAUGAUCCGGCUGGCUCGACCCGAGGAGGACGAUGUGGUGCAGGCGAUGCACGAUGCCAUUGCGCACGUCCGAGCGGGCAAGCACGAUGCGCUGGCGUACCACGCGGCGGUCAAGCAGAUGUACUCGUGGACGCAGGUGGCGCAUCGGGUGGAGAAAGUGUACGGGGAUGCCAUGCAGAAUCGCCUGCCGCGUCCGUCGGAGCGGUUGGCGCGAUACUAUGCGGGCGGCACGAUUGCGGGCAAGAUCUUUGUCAUCAUUGUGGCGGUGGACAUGCUGUUUCUCAAGCUGCUCGAGUGGUGGCUGCCCAGCCACUGCAUCGACCGGUGCCCCGGCCGUCGUGGGGAUCAUGCUGCUACACGCGCCGAGCAGGCACCGGCAGAAAGCUAA